UGAUAGUCGAGCGAGGAUCUGCUGAAGAGACGUAACACUCGAGAACCCGACCCGCGCUUCCGCGCCUACGUACUGUACCACGACCCAGCCCUCUUACGGCCAAAGAAUUGCGCCACAGCAGACAGAGAUCGUCCAACCAAAUCGCCCGCAAUGCCUACCUGGCUCGUCCACGGCUUUCGCUGGCCCCGAGAGCCUAUCCGCAUCCACGUCAUCCUUCAGAACCUCGAAGAUUGCGCCCCAGAAUGGCUCAUGGCGCCCGCCACGACUGCCGAACUGACUAGGAACUUCCAGAAGAUGUACCCAGAACAAAUGGCACAUCUACCAAACCUGCGCUUCAUCGAGCAAUACGACCCUGAAGACAUAACUGUCAAAGACCAGCCGUAUGCGUACGUAUGCGACCAAGUACACGAGAUAAAGCUAGGCGCAGAUAUAGACGAGGUGAGGGGGCAGGGUGUGAAGAAUGAGGCCUGGAGCGCGCUGGUGGAGCUGCGUGAUAAGAUCGCCACAGGGCAGAAGGUGGGCUGGUUUGUGGUAGUCAAUGGAGACGUGGAGAGAUGGGCGCCGCCCCUUGAAGAUGAUGAAGAGCUGGAAGUUAGCGAGAAUGGUGUGGAAAGUCAGUUCAGUCCCGUCAGCCAGAGGAGUAGUAUGGGCAGGACAGAGGAGUUGGACGGCGAACAGACUAAGCAGAGAGGGCUGAAGAAGUGGCUGGGAAAGGUGAAAAAGUCGAAGAGCACGAAGGACCUGAAAGGCGAUAUGGCUAUCAGAAGCUCCCCGCUAUCGCCUCCUCUUCCAAAAAUGCCCCCACGUGCGGCAGUCCCUAUGCCAGGGCCGGCAAACGGCAGAGUCCCGGUGCCAUCACGGGCAACAUAGGAGCCCCGAAAGCUAGCUCGUGCGAUCUCUUCUGGCUGGAAGCAUGCAUUAGUAUUUCGACAUCGAUCUGUCAGAUGGUCAUUGGUUUAAGGAGUUUUAUGGGUGACCUUUCUGCAGGUAUUCUACGUAUGAAUCUAUGGACUGGAAUGGAGCUUUAUACCCAUUGACUGUAAAUAGUUGCUCCAUUUGCGAGUCUUCUUUGAUUGCAUGGCCCGGGUCGGAUGGGGGUCGUCUCGAUGAGUGGGCAAUUCGAGGUUGAAAUCGGCCAAAUGCUCCGUGGAUCUCUACCUCAUUUAUUCAGGCAACCAGCUAUUCGGUUUCAGAGCCCUCCGGGAUCGACUGUCAGGGUCCUUGUCGUGAGAGCUGAGGGGGCCGGCUAAGAUGUCAUUGCUGCACAGCUC